CAAGUUUCUGGUUCCUCUGCAAGGCCCUUCUUCCAUAGACAACGGAAUUGGAGGGGCACAUUAUGGCAGGAGAAGCAGUUCUAUCAUCCUUCAUGCAGGUCCUUUUUGAGAAGCUGUCGAUGUUUGCAUGGAAUGAGUUCAGAUCACUUCGGGGUGUCCGCGAAGAGGUGGAGAAUCUCUCAAGUACACUAUCAACAAUACAAGCUGUGCUUGAAGAUGCUGAGGAGAAGCAGUUGAAGGACAGAUCAGUGAGAAGUUGGCUGGCAAAGCUCAAGGAUGCAGCCUAUGAUGUGGAUGACUUGUUGGACAACUAUGCAGCAGAAAAUCUGAGAUUGAAGUUGGAGGGUGACAGAGCUCAGAGCAGCUGGAAGAAGCAGGUAUGUGAUUGCUUGUCUUGCUCUCUAUGGCACAAAGGUUUGUUUGAAUGCAAGAUAGCACGUAGGAUUAGAGCUGUGAGGGGAAAGCUAGAUAAGAUUGCAAAGGAACGAGAUGUUCUCGGUCUCCAAGCAUUAGGUGGGAUGCGCGUGCCUGAGAUCAUGGAGAGGCCACAGACCAGUUCAUUGGUAGAUUGCAUGAAUGUGUUCGGUAGAGAGGAAGAUAGGGACAAUAUUGUCGAUCUGUUGCUCUCUAGUAAUGAAUCUAGUCCUGCGAAUGUUUCGGUCCUCCCCAUUGUUGGCAUGGGGGGCCUUGGAAAAACUACUCUAACUCAACUGGUGUACAAUGACAGCAGGGUAAGAGAAUACUUUCAAUUAAGAAUGUGGGUCAGUGUUUCCGAGAAUUUUGAUGAGAAGAAGCUGACAAAGGAAACUCUCGAGUCGGCUAGAAGUGGUUUUUCCUCUGUCAACACCACCAUGAAUAUGCUCCAAGAAAAACUCUAUAAGAAGUUAAAGGGAAAAAGGUUUUUGCUUGUUUUGGAUGAUGUGUGGAAUGAGGACCAUAACAAAUGGCACAGUUAUAGAUCUGCUUUAAUUGCUGGGAGAAGGGGAAGCAAAAUUGUGGUAACAACUCAAAAUGAAAACGUUGGGAGGAUCAUGGGUGGGAUGCCUCCCUAUCGGCUGCAACGACUAUCAGACAGUGACUGCUGGUUGUUGUUCAAAAAUUGCGCAUUUGUUGAUGGAAACUCUAAUCUACACCCAACAUUGGAAAUUAUUGGUAAGGAGAUUGUUAAGAAGAUCAAGGGAUUACCGCUCGCAGCGAAGGCUCUUGGGAGCCUCCUUUACUCCAAAGUAGAUGAAGAAGAAUGGAAGAGUAUUCUGAAAAGUGAGAUUUGGGAGUUAGCACCAGAUAAGAAUACCGUCCUACCAGCUCUAAGAUUGAGCUAUAAGCACCUACCCCCACACCUAAAGCAGUGCUUUGCAUUUUGCUCUGUAUUUCACAAAGAUCAUGUGUUUGAGAGAGACAGGUUGGUUCUGAUUUGGAUUGCACUGGGGUUUGUUCGGCCUCAAGGAAGGAAGAGACUGGAAGACAUAGGGAAUGGUUACUUCGAUGACUUACUCAGCAGAUCUUUCUUUCAGUGUUAUAAGGGCAAGUAUGUGAUGCAUGAUGCAAUCCAUGAUUUAGCACAAUCAAUGUCAGUCGAUGAAUGUCAUAGACUAGAAGAUGGUAAGGGAACAAGCGCACGGGGGAGGAUUCGCCAUUUAUCAUUUUCUUGUGAUGAUACCAUGUUCACUUCAUUUGAGCUAUUUUAUGGUUUCAGGAGACUAAGAACACUCAUGUUGUUGCGGGGUUACAAAUCCAUGACCGCACCAGUUCCUGAUGGCCUGUUCUUCAAAUUGAGAUGCCUCCGUGUGCUGGACCUACAUCGCAGGGACAUCACGCAGUUGCCAGAUUCCAUUGGAAAUCUGAAACAGCUUCGCUACCUCGGUCUUCCCGGCAGUGAAAUCAAAACAUUGCCCUCAUCAAUUUGUAAGCUAUACAAUUUGCAGGCACUCGUAUUAAAAGAUUGCAAUUCACUAAGAGAACUACCAGAAGGUGUGACCAACCUGAUCAACCUGCGGCAUCUACAGGCACAUACUAGAUUGCUUUCCGAUAUAACAGGGAUAGGGAAACUGACCCACCUCCAAGAACUGGAGGAAUUUGUCGUUCGCAAGGAGAGGGGAUGCAGGAUUGCGGAGCUGAAGAACAUGACAGAGCUUAGAGGUAAUCUUUGCAUUCGGAGUCUUGAGAAUGUGGCCAGUGGGGAAGAGGCAAGCGAGGCUAGGUUGAACACAAAGGAGUACCUCAAUGUCCUAGAAUUUACAUGGGAAGAUAACAGAGAUGCCUGCUGUCAUGAAGAAUAUCUCGAUGAGAAGGUGCUUGAAGGCCUCCGGCCGCAUUGCGAGCUGAAAGAGCUGACGAUUAAAAACUUUGCGGGUUCUGUCUUUCCAAACUGGCUGGGGAGUCCAUCAUUCUCAAGUCUGCAUCAAGUUCACCUAUCCAACUGCAGAAGAUGUGAAUUACUCCCACCUCUGGGACAGCUUCCCUUCCUCAGAUAUCUUGACAUAGCAGGUAAUGGAACAGUGCGAAUUGGCCAAGAAUUCAUAGGCAAUGGCGAGACCAGGAGGUUUCCAUCACUAAACGCACUACUACUUGAAGACAUGCCCAGAUUGGAAGAAUGGACUUGUGCAGAAGAUGACCAGUUAUUCCCCUGCCUCACGGAGCUCGACAUCAUCGACUGUCCGAAGCUCAAAGCACUACCCCGCCUCCCGCCAAGCCUGACGAGGAUCAGGAUAUCUGAAGCAGGGAUCGGUGCUCUUCCAGAAUUGUGGGGUUCAAACCAGCCAUCCUCUUUAUCAUCCUUGUACAUCGAGUGCUGCCCGAACUUGACAUCUCUGCAGCAAGGAUUGCUGGGCCACCAGCUGAUGGCUCUCAGGGAGUUGACAAUUACCAACUGCGAGAGGCUUGUGUCAUUGGCAGAGCGACAUUUCCAACCUCUGGUGUCACUGAAGAGCCUUCGCUUGUAUGGCUGCCCGAGGCUGAUGCCAUGGACGGUGCAAGAAGCCCUCCUGCCUAGCUCGCUGGAAGACAUUCGAGUCGGCUCUUGUUAUAACUUAAUCAACAUGCUACUGGGUGAGCUCAAGAACCUUUCCUUCCUCGGUCAUUUUGAGAUCGCCGACUGCCCCGACCUCUACCAUUUUCCAUCCACCGGGCUGCCUCCCAUGUUUAAAUUCUUGGCCAUUUUGGAUUGUUUCAAUCUCCAAGCACUGCCUCAAGGACUGAAGGAACUCACCUCACUCACUACGUUGGUCAUCUGCAACUGUCCCCAGAUCAUGUGCUUACCGGAGGAGGGCCUGCCUGACGGCCUGCAAGAAUUGUACAUCAAAGCAUGCCCAUCACUGAGGAAGCGGUGUUCACUUGGUGGAAAGGAUUGGGUCAAGGUAGCUCAUGUUGCGAAGGUAGAGAUCGAAGAGGAGGAGAUCAUGUGCCUGUAGAAUGGAAAGGGAGGAAGGUGAGAGCUGAAACUUCCUCCAUCGUUAUAAGUAUUUUCCUGUUCUUUUGAUUUGAAUAGUAAGUGAUCAACAUGUUUCAGAGAUAAAAUUCAUGGAUUUCAAUUCCCAUUCAGGAUAUUUU